UCUUUUCCUCUUGCUCUCCUUCCUCGCUUUCCCGUCACAUUGUCCUACGAUAGUUUAAUUAUAGACACGCGGCCUGUACGGGCCUAGGCUCUCCCAAAAUAAUGAUUGGAUCAGCGUUGUAUCCCUCCUCGCGCUCCUCUUUCCCCCGGGACACUUGCGUGCAGUGUUUCUGGACGUGCAUCCGCGAACAGCUGUCGUUCCAGGUCCCGAAGGCUGUACGUGGAUAUUGCGCUUGAUUUCCUAGUUUCUGUAGCUGAUGCUGACCCGAUACGUUCCGCAACUCGUCACACAAACAUUUAUCUAUUAGAACAUUGAAUGUAUAUUGGGAAUUAAGAAAAUAUGCUAGUGUAAAAAAGAUUCUUUGAAGAUAUAUGGAUAAAGUUCAAUGUAUUAAGCAUUUAUAGUCAUGGAACAAUACAAUGGUAUGAAUGAUGGAAAUAUUAAUAUAAGCGAUAUUAUCGAAGUCAUUCAAACUACGGAUCCUGGUUCCAUGGCUACUAUAGCGAUGGAUAGUGAUCAUGUUCAGCCAUAUGUUGAAAUUUUAGAACAGCCUGCCAGUAAAGCGCUGCGAUUUCGCUAUGAAUGUGAAGGCAGGUCGGCUGGUAGCAUACCUGGGAUCAACAGCGCACCAGAGAACAAGACCUUCCCUAGUAUAAGAAUUGUAGGUUACAAUGGUCGUGCUAUGGUGGUUGUUUCCUGUGUAACAAAGGAUGCACCGGAUAACAAAGGAUAUAGACCUCAUCCUCACAAUCUUGUUGGCAAGGAAGUAUGCAAGCAAGGCGUUUGUACAAUAGAAGUUCCAGCGGGAAAUAUGGUUGUUACUUUCUCAAACCUGGGCAUUCAAUGUGUAAAAAAGAAGGACAUUGAAGAAGCCCUCAGAGUGCGUCAGGAAUUACGGGUAGAUCCUUUUCGAACUGGUUUUGAACAUAAGAGGCACCCGACUAGUAUAGAUCUCAAUGCAGUGAGAUUGUGUUUUCAAGUAUUUUUGGAGGGAUCGCAGAAGGGAAAAUUCAACAAGCCAUUACCACCUGUCGUGUCCGAUCCUAUUUAUGAUAAGAAGGCAAUGUCAGAUCUUGUGAUUUGUAAACUGAGCCAUUGUAGCGCAUCAGUUGCUGGUGGUAUGGACAUGAUUUUAUUAUGCGAAAAAGUCGCGAAAGAAGAUAUACAAGUGAGGUUUUUUGAAGAAAGAGAUGGACAGCUACUCUGGGAAGGAUAUGGUGAUUUUCAACCAACACAUGUACAUAAACAAACGGCAAUUGCAUUCAGAACACCCAGCUAUCGUACACAGCAAGUGGAACAGCCGGUGCAAGUAUAUAUCCAGCUUAGAAGGCCGUCGGACGGCACUACAAGCGAACCGCUACCAUUUCAGAUGUUACCACUAGGUACAGGUAGGCCUGCUUUCUGGUCAUUACGGAAAGCAUUUGCCAGGAAGAAGGCAGAUUACAAUACCUUUAGUAAAAUCUUAUCAACAGAGACUGCUCUUCUUGCCAAUGUAACUCCUAAGUUUCCUCGUAAUAUUGACGAAUUCAAUAAUAACGAUCUCGACGCGAAAAGAUCGCACGAUAAAAUCUCUGCAUUGCGCGCUUUAAACGAAUUGUACAAUAUGAAAAAUCAUAUCGACUUGUGCAACGGCGAUUUAAAGGCAAUAAUCAAUUCUGCUCAAAACGUAGAUCAAAGCACGAAAAGUACCGUUUUAGAUUACGAGAACAACGAGGUAACAGUAAGUCCCGAAAGUAACGUGGAGAGCAAAAAAGAAAUUAAUAAAUUGUAUAUUGGCGAUAAUAGCGUAAAAAACGAUACACUUACCGUGGAUUAUAAAGAGGGAACUGUCGAAGCAGUUCCCUGUACGAAACCCGACAUGCAGGAUAACGGCAUAACCGCGUCGCGAAAUGUAGAUAGCUCGAGGGAUAGGUCCGAUUGGUUCGAUUAUUCUGAAAUAGGCAAAUGGGUGCAGAAGGGACAAGCAUGUCUUAAGGAGAAGAGUAAUGAGAUAGCGGAAAUUAAAAAUACAACGGAAGGCGGCAACAAAUCGUUGAACGAAUUUUUGUCGCAAGUGGCCGAACUCGAUCAAAUUUACGCCGAUACUCAUAACAAACUGAUACAAACUUCUACGGAGAUAAACGCAAAUCAAAUGAUGGACGUUUGCGACAACCAGACCUAUACUAGUCUACAAAUGGCCAUGAAGAAUCCGAUUGAGUUAUUUGACAUCACCGAUGAUAGAAAGUACGAGGACGUGGCCGUUCCGAGACAAGACACGGAGAUACCUGUGACGUCUCCAACAUCGGCAGCUAAAAGAGAUGUAACGGGUGAGAUGGAGGAAAGAUUACCACCCUUGCCCCCGAAGCGAAUACGAAAGAUGCCAUCGAUGCCUCUUUUACCGCGUCCGAUAUCCGGUCAGACGCUCAACGAUUCCUCUUCCGAGGCACCGAAUAAAAACUUGCCGUCUUUACCCGGUACUUUACCGAAACACGCGAAACAGGGGCUCUUUUCAAAAUUGUUUGCUAAGAAGAAUAAGAAAGAUAAAUGCUCAAUACCGAGUUUAAGCGGAGAUAGCGACUCGUUAAAUAGCUUGUAUUUAUUGAGGAGCGCCGUGCAAGACGAUAUGCAAUCGCAGCUUCCACGUCCUAGUAUGACGAGUGUUACGGGUGUUAAAUCUCUCAAACUAGACGGUGAUGAAACACCACCGUAUGGUAUAGAUUUAACUGAAGCCGAACACUAUGCUCUGUACACUACUAUGGCACCGCACGCGACUGCCUCAGAAUUUGAUGAACUGUCUUUCUAUUAUAGUCUAGUCGAAGGUGGAAAGAUACUGAUGGAGGGAAAAGAGACCUAAACUACUUGUUUAAUGAUAUCUUUGUUGUACUGCCGAGUUGAAAAUAACUUUAUAUAACUCUAUAUUAUGAAAAUAUUGUAUUUGAAUCUGGCGAGUUUGUCUACCAAAGUGUGUGGAGUAUUGUCUCUGUUGCACACAUUGCAGCCAAUCCUUUAUUAUAUUGUCGGUUCUUGUUGUAAGAAAUUUACAGAGUUUUGAUAGAACUGACAUUUGUAUUGUUAAAUCAAAGAUUUCUCCAUAGGAAGAAAUAGGAAACUCAAGAACUAUUUCUUAAGACAUGUUUAGUACGUUAAAACGGAUCGAUUUUUGCUGUAAUUUCGACGCAUUUAUCCAAGUAUGCAGAAUUCAAGUCUAGUCGAAUCGCGAUUUGUUGCCUUUUACUUAAUAUCUUUUUCGAUGGAUUUUAUAAAACUUUCUAUAAUUGUUGUUUAUUAUCAAGUAAUUAACUAUGUCCUUUCUAGUCAAGUAUGAUGCUGUUAUGUUUUCGUAUUCUCUAAAAUACUUUACUACUUUCUUAUUAAGUUUUAUGAUAUUAUGAGUUUAUGCAAUUAUCUUUUUCUUUUCAUGUUGUUGUAGAUUGCUAAUUCUAAAAAUGUUUUGACAAAAAUUUUGUCUAUCCUUAGUUUAAUUCGUCGAUUAUCCUUUUAAAAUGACCUUAUCGAUGUACGCUAAGGAAAUUCUCAAGUUUUACCGAGAGGCCUUCAUUCAAUUGUACGCAAUUGUCAAUAUAAUGAAACCUUAUUAAUGCACGAUCAUUUGUAGAUGAUGCCGAUUCGUUAAGGCGAAAGAGACAAAAACUUAAUAACAACUCAAGCUCGAUACUUUUCAAACAUGUAGCAGAAACUGAGAAGC